GCGCUUCCUGUGGACUGAAGAUGGCCGCAGAUGGAGGCGCUCUGAAGGAUAUCAAUGAGAUUAAAUCGCAGUUCCGGACCCGCGAGGGAUUCUACAAGCUGCUCACCCUCUCGGACUCUCAGCAGCGGGCCGGGCUGCCGCGGGGCUCCUCGGCGGGCGUCACGGUGGGGCCGGGUGCGGGCGGCAGUGCCGGUGUUGGGCUGGUGCAGGGGCCCGGGUCCGCCGCCGCCGCCAACUCCUCUCCGGGCUUCCUGCCGCCGGUGCGGGUGUCGAUGGUGAAGCUGAAGCCCGAGGACCCCAGCGAGGAUUCGGAGCGAGUGUGCUUCAACAUCGGCAGGGAACUUUACUUCUACACCUACACGAACAUCAAGAAGGCAGUGGAUCUCAGUAAGCCCAUAGACAAGCGCAUCUAUAAGGGAACUCAGCCUACCUGUCACGACUUUAAUCAGUAUUCGGCCACGGCUGACAGCGUGGCUCUGAUCGUGGGAUUCUCCGCUGGACAGGUGCAGUACCUCGACCCCAUCAAGAAGGAGACCAGCAAGCUCUUCAACGAGGAGAGGCUGAUAGACAAAUCAAAGGUGACGUGUCUCAAAUGGCUGCCCAAGUCAGAGAAUCUCUUCCUGGCGUCUCACGCCAGCGGUCACCUCUACCUCUAUAACGUGGAGCACCCAUGCGGCACCACCGCGCCUCAGUACUGUCUGCUCCGGCAGGGCGAGGGCUUUGCCGUCUACGCCUGCAAGACCAAGACGCCCCGUAACCCGCUGCUCCGCUGGGUGGUCGGCGAUGGAGGGCUGAACGAGUUUGCCUUCUCGCCCGAUGGCGUUCACGUGGCCUGCGUCGGUCAAGACGGCUGCCUGCGCGUCUUCCACUUCGACUCGAUGGAGCUGCAAGGCGUGAUGAAGAGCUACUUCGGCGGGCUUCUCUGCGUCUCCUGGAGCCCCGACGGAAAGUACCUCGCCACCGGCGGAGAGGAUGAUUUGGUGACCGUCUGGUCAUUCGCCGAGAGUCGCGUGGUGGCGCGCGGACACGGCCACAAGUCGUGGGUCAACGUUGUUGCUUUCGACCCGUUCACGACGAGCCUGGAGGACGAGGAGCCGAUGGAGCUCAGCGGCAGCGAGGAGGAUCUCCAGCAGGGGGCACUGCACUUCGGCCGCGUGCGAACCAGCAGCACGCUCUCGCGCCUCUCGCGGCACAGCUCCAAAGGCGGCGCGUCGUCCGUGACGUACCGCUUCGGAUCCGUCGGCCAGGACACGCAGUUCUGUUUGUGGGAUCUGACGGAUGACGUUCUGUAUCCGCGGCUUCCGCUCUCCCGCGCGCUUACGAACACCUUCGGCCCUACGAUUCCAAGCAGCACGGCGUUGAGCGGACACAACAGCAUCGCGGCACCACGCGUCAUUGAUGUAAACACAAAGCCCGCCGCCGCGGGUCUUACCUCCCUCGACGAGAACUCUGUCCGCUCGAUAGCAUGUCAGCUGAUCAAGAUGAAUAGCGCAGUCCGGAACGCUGUUGUUGAGCUAUGUUUCCGUGAACACAAAAGCACAACAGUCUCUUACAGUCCUCUGAGUUAA